AAUAUUUUCCGAUGCAUGACGGGAGGAAAGUGAUUGACACGGCGGCCAUUUUGCCGCUCUGCUCUGGCCAUUGUGUGAGAGAUAGUAAAUACUGACAGUACAGACAAGCACUACACAUUUUUCUCAGCGGGAAAUUGUUUAAAUUCACCCAAGGUGAGCAGAAGAAGACAUGGCUCGUACCAAGCAGACCGCCCGUAAGUCCACAGGAGGCAAAGCCCCCCGCAAGCAGCUGGCCACCAAAGCUGCCCGCAAGAGUGCGCCCUCUACUGGUGGGGUGAAGAAGCCUCAUCGUUACAGGCCCGGUACUGUGGCUCUGCGUGAGAUCCGUCGGUACCAGAAGUCCACUGAGCUGCUGAUCCGCAAGCUGCCCUUCCAGCGCCUGGUGAGGGAGAUCGCCCAGGACUUCAAGACUGACCUCCGUUUCCAGAGUGCAGCCAUUGGAGCUCUGCAGGAGGCCAGCGAGGCGUACCUGGUGGGUCUGUUUGAGGACACCAACCUCUGCGCCAUCCACGCCAAGCGUGUCACCAUCAUGCCCAAAGACAUCCAGCUGGCUCGCCGUAUCCGCGGGGAACGUGCUUAAAUGCGCCUCCUCUCACCCUCACCCCAUGGCCAACCCCCCUCCCUCCCCUCUCUUCUAGUCCUCCUCACUGCCUCCCUCCCUCCCUUCACUCCUCUCCUUCAUCCCUUCUUCUUGGUAGAGUUUAGAGUAUCAGUGAUCAUGAUGAGAGGUUGUGUAUAAGUCCAGUCUCUUAGUCUCCGUCGGUCUGCCGCGGGCGGGGAGGGUACCUUUUAUGUGCAUGUAAUACAGGUGCUUCUGAUCAGGGACUCACCCCAGCAUGCAAGCACAUGCAAAACAGACACACACACACACACCUACAUAUAUACACACACACACACAGACCUUCUGACAAGAGCAGGCGCAACACAUACACAACUGGUGAGUAAACGAGGUUCUCAUAAACACGUCAUCAUGUUUAUGUGCCAGAGAAGAGUUGCCCUCCGAAGAUCACACACAGAGACACAUACACACACACACACACACACACACACACACACAGGUGGGCGGAGUAGGGGUGAGGGCUGGGGUUAGUCUGCUAAAGGGGAGCAGUAACUCUCACAGCAGGGUGCUAAUUAACACUAACCCCGCCUCCUCUCUGAGCCUCACAGGACCCCAUAGUUACUCUGGUCCGUCCGCAGAAUACACACUCACACACACACUCACACUCACUCACACACACACACACACACACACACACACACACUAAAACCAGCAUCCUGUUGCUAUGACACUCCCACACACUCACUCCCUCACUUUAACACCCAUACACAUACACACAUACUAAAACAAGCAUCCUGUUGCUAUGACAGUCACACACGUACGUCGCUCAAGAUUCCAUCCUUACUGUCUUGCCGUCAGAGACUGGGCUGGACAGGACUGGACUGGAGUAGAGGUUUCAUACACACACACACACACACACACACACACACACACAUCUCUGUGGAGGGUCAACUCUUCUAUCGUGGUGGUGGUGUUUUGUCCCUGAUCAGCUGUGCAUAUUUAGUAUUCAACUGCAGACCAGCAUCGUUUGGUUGAAAGUUGUUACUUAAAAUAUUGAUGAUUACUAUAAAUGUUGAUAUGGUGUCUUUUUUUCUCUUUUUUUAUUAUGAUGCAUUGCAUACACAAUUUCCUUUUACCACUGUUAGCAGAGGACCGUGAUAAAUCACACAUAUAAUGUUUUUUUUAAUUAUUACUAUUGAAAUUAUUUUCUCUUCAGUAGGAGCCGAUCUUCUUUCCCCCCUGUUUUACACUCUGGCAGCCACAGGGGGGCGCUCUAGCCCAGCAUCUCAUUCAGUGCGUCACUGGUAAUCAGCCAUUCUAUUCUCGCCUCCCUCUCCCGUCGUACCUCUUUCAGAUCGGGGUUAGAUGUCACAAAAGUGUAGCAAAAAAAGUUAUUCUUGCAUUUAGUCCCUACACCCAAUCUCUACAUGUAGAUUUGAUUGUAGACUCUCCUGUUCCUUCACACUUGCGAUACACAAUAUAACCUCAUGUUGUAAUUUCAUUCUUUUUUGUUUUUCGAUUUUCGGUAUUUUCAGAAGUUUAAAUAAGCUGAUCUUUGUAUUUUCCAAAUUUCUCAUACUAUGGUGGUAAUAAAUAGAUGUUACACAA